AAACUGACGUUUGCCAAUCGGCUGUUCGACCAUUUCAACAAACAUCCCGCGACAAUAAUUUGUUUAUAAAAUAAUCAAAUAGUUUUAUUUGCAGCAGUUCAAAUAGCCAAUAAGUACUUUCAAUGAUUCUUUCACUUUGAAAGGUAGCCAUCAAAAUGAUACAUGAAGUGCUGCUAUCUUGCUUGAAUUUGCAAUCGAAAUAUUUAUCCUUGGAAGACUUUACCGCAACAGAUGUCUCGACUUUCUUGCAUCCUUGUGAAAAGCUAGUUCUACAGGACAUUAUAACUAUCAUUAACUUGUUACGUGACAUUGAAAAAUUUGCCAAAGUAUGCGGCAGCAACAACAGUGUCAAUAGAAAUGUAGUAAUAUUCGAUACAGAUGAGCCGCUGCAAAAGGGUCUUUAUUUGAAGGCCUUCGCAAACGGUAUAGACACUGUUUUAAAGGAUUAUUUUGACAACAUUACUGCUCUUGAACAAAAUUACUUGAAAAAUCCAACAAAUUUUUCACUGCUUUUUAUAUAUCGAAAUUUAAAGACAUAUGAACCGUUAGCGCUAUACUUGCGAAAGUUAAUUCGGGUAAUACGAAGUCAAAAAUUACAUGGCUGUGAAAUUAUGCAGUUUUUGCACCAAAAUGCAGAACAUGGUGAUCAGAAAAUACGCGCCGCUAUUAAAACCUUGCAACUUGCAGUGAACGUAGUAUUUUUCAAACAACUUACGCAUUGGAUACUUUAUGCCAAAAUAAUUGAUACAUACGGCGAGUUCUUCAUACAAUGCUCAGAGGGUAAUAUCAAUAGUGCCGCUGAGAGUGACACCAGCAAAUGUGCCAGCACGGAAAGUGGCAAACAAGCUAGUACAAUAACCACAUUGUCUAAAGUGGCAAGUACGUACGCUGACAUUUGGCGUUAUGAAAUAUGCUAUGAACUUUUACCACAUUAUUUACCCACUGGUUGGGCCGAAAAGGUACUUUUCAUUGGCCAAACAAUACUCAUAUUUAAAGCAGAUGCUAAUAAACACAAGAUUCUCACACAAAACUGGAGUAAAACGGAACACACCGACUUGGAAGAUGAGAGCUCUUUAAGCAAUGAGAAGGAGCAUAUUUACUUUGGAAAGAUACAAAUGCUACAAAACGAUGAGGAGCUGAACGUGCAACACUACGAGAGCAUCGUUAAUGAAAUUAAGGCAUAUUUAACAACACGUUUGUCUGAAAUAGCAAUUAAUCAAGCGGAUUUGGUACAGCAACUGAAAUUAAUAAAAGAAUAUUUUUUACUGGGCCGCGGUGAAUUGUUCUUGGAAUUUUUACGUCUCACAUAUGAAAUCGGCAAAGACAAGUACAAUGAAAAUAAAGUGCAUGAUUUCGUAAAAGCUUUCGAAUCUGCCGCACAUGGAGUUGGUGUUUCUGAAGACUUGGAACGUUUCUCACUAAGUAUCGCCAAACCACUAUUGCACAGUAGUAAUCCAAAAGAAUUAGAACACAACUAUUUGCAUUACAUGCAGCUAAAUUACAAAAUUAAUUGGCCAUUGCAUUUGCUGUUCUCGCCGAAAGUGAUCGACAACUAUAAUAUUCUUUUCCGUUUUCUACUUUUAAUCAAGAAAAUGCAAUUCGAGCUACAUAUGAUGUGGUGCAAUAAGGUGCGACGCACCAAAUUAUGCUCACGUGAAAAAUUCAAACUGACAAGCCUCUUAAACCAAUUGAUAUUUUUCAUAGAUAAUCUACAGUAUUAUAUACAAGUCGAUGUGUUGGAGAGCCAAUUCAGCAUACUUUUGAAUACCAUACAAAAUAAAGCGGAUUUUGAGGAAAUUCAAAAAGCGCACAGCAUAUUUCUGGCCAAUAUACUUUCACUCUGCUUUUUACUGACUAACGAAGAGAGUAAUAAGCUAAAUAUCAAUCAGUUUAUAGUCUCACAAUCAAAUAAUCCGAUUUAUAAUAUCUUAAUCGAUAUAUUCAGUGUGUGCGACAACUUAAGUAACGUUUUGAGACAAGACUUGUGUGGGAUGGUAAUUAAAGAUUAUAUUGAUCAACAAGAUGAACGAUUUAGUAUGCUGAUGGAUCAAUUAAUUAAUUAUCUAAUAGGUUUGAAAACAAACCCGACUACAACUCCAUUGUCGCAGUUACUCUUGCGAUUAGAUUUUAAUCAUUGGUUCAGCACCAAGAAAAAAAAGUUAUUUAGUUUAGCAAUGUAGGGGUUUUACAAAUAUACAUUGAAAUUUUAACGUUUAAAAAAAAAACUCUCAAAUACUCUGUAUUAUAUUAUUAAUGUUGAAUUAAAAAAUUACUGAAUUUUGUUUUAAUAAAUUGAGAAAUCUCAUGCUUCGCAUUAUAAAAA